UAACCCAGAUGAUAACCCAGUUCGAUGACGACGCACAAUUGCACUAAGCCGUGCGUCUGGUAUUAUUGAGUAUUGAUGUUUGUAUCCAUAGAAAAUUAGAAAAUACAUUUAGGUCUCUGCUGCGUACGGUCUAUCUACCGACUAUUUGACGACCGUAUAUCGACAACAGAAUCUGUCACGAACGGCUGAGAGAUGAGUUCGGAACAGUCGUCGAGUUUGGUAAUCCCUCAGAAAUCCGAUUGCAUGUACACGGCAUGCUACUGCGAAGAAAAUAUUUGGCAAUUAGCAAAACUGAUACUAGAAUUAAACAAAUCCACACCAAAUAUGAAAUGUUACGUUAUUUUUGUGUCAAAUUAUAAUAAAUGCGUACACCUGUGGAAUCAAAACAGUAGCCAUAGCGAAGGACUUGUGUUUUGGGAUUACCAUGUGUUUUUGAUUGUUCAGCAUCUUGAUAAAACUCUGGUUUUUGAUAUGGAUACUAGAUUACCAUUCCCUGUUCCUUUCUCACAAUACGCUAAGGAAGCUAUUAGAGAGGAAUUUAAGGAAUCUCAUUCUAAACGCUACUUUAAAGUUGUUGAUGCUGAUGUAUUUGUGUCUCAAUUUUCAUCUGACAGAAACCAUAUGAUAGAACAUGAUCGUUGGAUGUCACCACCACCUCCAUAUCCUCCAAUUUUAAACGAAGAUAAAGAUCAUAAUUUGGACAAUUUCAUUUCAAUGGAUCCUUCAAAUGAAUUUGGGCCAGUAUUGAACCUUGAGGAGUUUAAAGCUAGAUUUUCAUAAUGAUACUCAUCAUAUAAUUUGCCGUUUAAUAAAUGAAUCUCAUGACGUGUAUUCAUAUAAAGUAUUAUAUCAUAAUUGAAUUUUACUUUCAAGUUUGAUUGAAAAUUUGCUUUAUGGCUUUUAUGCUAUUAUAGUAAUUAUAUUUUAAAUUAUUAACAAAAAACAAAGUAAGUUAUUGUUAGGUUAAUUUUAAAUUGAGAUUUGUAUUUGUCUAAAUUAAAGAGUUUGAGAUUAAAAUAUACAUAAUUAAAAUA